AUCCCGGGAGCUAAAAUAAAACGCGACAUUAUAGCGGAAAAUAUAACAAAGCAAGGAAAAAGAUUACCUGUAUGUUCCAUAAAAAGAAUUCCGGCGACAAACAAUUUCGUCUACGAAUUUAAUCCGUUUGUCAAUAUCGAACAGUCACGUCCAUUAACGUCACAGACUAAUUUGUGCCGUAAAAAUCACUCUGCGCAAACGUUGCCUCAUUCUAAAACAAACUUUGUGAAACGGAGGUCAUCCGCUGUCUUACCGGAAUUGAAGUCACAUAUCGAUUUUGUGACAAAUGAUCCAGAUUCGAAUGUAACGAAUUCUUCCCCGAUGAAAAAUACUUGCCUUCCGAUACUUGGUAGAGAGAAUUCGACGAGGAUACUAAACAAACAAGUUGACAAAGAAUUCGAGCAAGACGAUAUAGAUCGCGAAGUGGAGAAAGUAAAGUCUGCGUGGCAAGAAUUACGAGGAGAAAAAGACUGGACGAAGGGUAAGGAUCGCAUUGACAAUGUCCGAACGAAAAAACUGUACGAGAUAUUAGAGAAGAUGACGUGCGAAAUAGACAGAGUUCAAAAAAAUUACAUGGAUCCCAAGGCGAAUCGUUACUUGCACAAAAGCGCGAACAAUGUUUUCAAAACGAGCAAGCCAAGUUUACAGGAAGAAGCUGAAAUUAUGAGAAGCUUAAUCUUUCCCGACAGAAAAGCGAGAACCAAAUCAGCAGUUUCUCAUCUGAGAAACGUCGAUAGCGAAAUAAUUGGUAAAGAUAUGGCAAGGAUACGAUUCGACGAAGGUAUGGAAAAUAUUUUAACGGAUAAACAACCAAAUAAGAAUUUCCUUUCAUCGAAAUACACUGCGAAAAAGCGGUCUAUACAUACUGAAGCGCACGAGUACGACAUUCCCGAUGAUAUUGGAUCAGUUCAUACAAUUGCAUUAAAUAAGAAACAAGAUACAGCUGUUACAGAUAUUGUGAAGCCAAAGUUUACAGAUGAAAACUGGAUAAGGGCGAAGACAAGAUCUUCCAUCGAGGAGUAUCUGCAGCAUCACACUGAUAAUAUUCAUAAAUCAUACGGCAUCGAAGAGAAAAAGGAAGAGUAUUCUCGAAGUGUGAAACCAUCUGUAAGCGAUAUUGAAAAUAUUCUAACAAGUCAUAAUAUUGGACCGCACAUGUUGUAUGAAAAUUUCGAAAGACACAGCAACGGCUACGAUUCGGAAAAUUACGCAAGUGAGGACGAUGCAUAUCACUCUUACUCGAAUAGUGCAACUAAUGCUACACAAACGACAUCCGUUGAUACUAUCCAAGAGAAUAAAAAAAUUCAUGAUAUGUCCCUCGAGAAUACGGGAUUAUAUAACGAUACACGACCGACGAAAGCGGUCGAUGCGAAAUCUUUCAAUAUUCGGAGACAGUUGAGCGCAACAAAUUUCCAAGAUAACGCUUUCAUUAAAAUGGGAUUAAACGAAAAUUUAUCGAGAGACACGCUGUCGCAAAUAAUGCAGUCGGAAUACUUGAGAAAGGACUUAUCUUUAUAAUAUCUGCUAUAUA